UUGCCAUUUCCUUCUCCAGGGGAUAUUCCUGACCCAGGGAUGGAACCCACGUCUCUUGAGUCUCCUGCAUUGGCAGGUGGAUUCUUUACCACUAUGCCACCUGGGAAGCUGGAGAAAGGUUUAGAUAUUAAUUUGUAGAGGUGGAGAGUAAAGAGGACAUUCCAGAUGGAGGCAAAUAUUCUUGCAAAGUUACAGAGUUAGGACAGAGAUUAAAGUAUUAGGGAAGGAGUGGGGGACAGUCCAGCUAAAUUUAGGGGUUUACCUGCUAUGUAAAUUUUCUGUGGCUGCCCUCAGUCUUCCUUUCUUAAUUGUCCUGCUGUUCUUGUCUUAGAGUUUCUGUUCACAGGGAAUGACUCGCCUAUCACUUUACCCAUCUUCCUCCUGCUUCAGAACCCAAGCCUCUUGCACUGAAAGCAGAGAGUCGUAAACAGUGGACCUUCAGUGAUGUUCCAAGAAAACAUUUUAAAGCUUACAGUACGGUACUUUGAAAGUACAGUAGUACAGUAAAUAGCUGGCCUACGGGGGCUGCCAUCAAGUGAACGUCCUGGGCUUGUAAUACUGUACUACCGUAUUCGAUACAGUGUGUGCCCUCAGCCACUCAGUCAUGUCCGACUCUUUGUGACACCAUCGGCUGUAGCCACCAGGCUCCACUAUCCAUGGACUUUUCCAGGCAAGGAUACUGGAGCAGGUUGCCAUUUCCUACUCCAGGGAAGCUUCUUAAACCAAGGAAUUGAACCUGCAUCUCCUGCAUUGGUUGGCAGAUUCUUUACCACUGAGCCAACAGUGAAGCCCCCAUUGAGCCUCUCCCAGUUCUUAAACAACAACAUUGUUACCCCAUAGAAUUGCAAAAUCUUCCUUUCACAAGCUCUGUCUCCUGGAUCUGACAACCAGGUUCUAAGCUUGUUUCUCAUUCUACCACCAUCUCCAUCUUGCUUCCUUGUAGAUGAUGUAAGGAUGAGUAGGCAUGACCCAAGUGCCCGCCUGCUGGGGCCCUGUGAUGAUGACCAGUCUGUUCAAGGGCUAAGAGGGUGAACUUGGCAGUCCUGGCCAGGACUCCUCUACAACUUAAUGUAGAUGAGUGGGAGCUUACCGCAUAUGACAAUUCUCAAGAAGAAAGUAGGUUAUCUUCUUUGUCUGUCCUGAUUUGGGGAUCAGUUGCUUUGUCUCCGGAAAGGAUCACUUCUGCAGACUUAACAACAUGAGUUUAAUCUGCUAAAUUAGACCAGCAAGAAAAGAAGAGCCUGGACUUUGAGGCAUACGUUAUUUUGCUAGGAGGAUUAAAAAAAAAAGUUCCCUUUUAACCACAGAACUCCUCCAUUGGAAAGGAUUUUGAAAGAAAUGAAGAAAACCACCAGAAAUGAAAUCAGUAGCUUCAUGGCCUUCUAUUGACUGGACUAGACUUUUCUUCCUGCCAUUCCUUGGAAUGACACUGUACAGGAUGUCUGCUGAAGUCAUCCAUCAGGUAGAAGAAGCACUUGAUGAAGAGGAGAAGGAUACACUCCUUUUUUUGUGCCGAGAUGUUGCUGCAGAUGUGGUUCCACUGAAUGUCAGGGAUCUUCUGGAUAUUUUAAGAGAGAGAGGAAAGCUGUCUUCUGUGAGCUUGGCUGAGCUGCUCUACAGAGUGAGGCGGUUUGACUUGCUCAAGAGGGUCUUGAAUAUGGAUACCCCGACAGUGGAGGCCCUCCUGCGCAGGCACCCACAUCUGAUUUCAGACUAUAGGGUGCUGAUGAUGGAGAUAGGUGAGGAUUUGGAUAAAUCUGACGUGUCCUCAUUAAUGUUCCUCAUGAGAGAUCAUACGGGUCGAAGCAAGAUAGCCAAGGAUAAGAGUUUCUUGGAUCUUGUGGUUGAAUUGGAGAAGCUAAAUCUGGUUGCUCCAGAUCAACUGAAUUUAUUAGAAGAAAGCCUAAGGAACAUCAACAGGAUAGACCUGAAGACAAAAAUCCAGAAAUACAAGCAGUCAGCUCAAGGAGCGGAAACAAAUUAUGUAAAUGCUCGCCAGGCAUCUCUGCCAAACUUGAGUGUUAAAGAUCCUUCAUAUAACCUAAGGCUCCAGAAUGGCAGGAGUAAAGAACAAAGGCUUAUGAUGGGACCACCUGACAUUCAAAGAGAACCAGUGAAGAGACCCAUUCAGGAAUCAGGAGCAUUUUUGCCUCAGCACACGGUAGAAGAGAGAUAUAAGAUGCAGAGCAAGCCCCUGGGAAUCUGCCUGAUAAUUGACUGCAUUGGCAAUGACACAGACAUUCUUCGGGAAACCUUCACUUCCCUGGGCUAUGAAGUCAAGCAUUUCUUAUAUCUCACUAUGACAGAUAUAACCAACAUUCUACGCCAAGUUGCCCAGAUGCCCCAGCACCAAGACUCUGACAGCUUUGCGUGUAUCCUGGUGAGCCGAGGGGGCUCCCAGAGCGUGUUUGGCGUGGAUCAGACUCACUCUGGGGUCCCUUUGGAUCAUAUCAGAAGAAUGUUCAUGGCAGACACGUGCCCCUCUCUCUCAGGGAAGCCAAAGCUCUUUUUUAUUCAGAGCUAUGUGAAAUCAGAGGGCCAGCUGGAGGACAGCAGCUUCCUGGAGGUGGAUGGGCCGUCAGUGAAAAGUGCAGACUCCAAGGCCAGGCAGCCUGGGCCCCACCAAGAUUUGAUACACCGAGAAGCUGACUUCUUCUGGAGCCUGUGCAAAGCAGAUGUGUCCCUACUGGAGGGGCCCUCCAGCUCACCCUCAUUGUACCUGCAGUGCCUCUCCCAGAAACUGUGGAAAGAAAGAAAGCACUCGCUCCUGGAACUCCACACUGAACUCAACCGCCUGGUGUAUGAUUGGAACAGCAAAGUGUCUGCUAAGGAGCGAUACUACGUCUGGCUGCAGCACACUUUGAGAAAGAAUCUCUUCCUCGCUCACAAAUAAAACGUCUACAUCACGGCGGGUGAGAACCUGCUUACUGUUGUGUCUCCAUAUGGCAGAAAGCGCAGAGAGAACAGGCUGUCUUGUGUCUCUUCUUAUAUGCCUUUCCUUGGGCUUCCCCGGGGGCUCAGUGGUAAAGAAUUCACCUGCAAUGCAGGAGUGAGUCACAGGAGACGCAGGUUCAAUCCCUGGGUCCUGAAGAUCACCUUUGAGUACGCAUGGCAACCCACUCCAGUAUUCAUGCAUAGAGAAUCCCAUGGACAGAGCAGCCCAGCAGGCUACAGUCCAUGGGGUCCCAAGAGUCGGACACAACUUAGCAACUAAACUACCACCAUCCAAAAACAGUAGAGCAUUUUUUGCAAAUGUUCAUGAAACAUUUACCACAACAGACUAUAUUCUGGGCCAUAAAAUAAUAUAUUUAAGAGGAUUGAAACCACACAAAAUAUAUUCUCAGACUAUGAAGAAAUUAGCCUAAAAAUAGCAUCUGAAAAAUCUACAAAUAUUUGGAAAUCAGACAGCACACUUAUAAAUACCCCUGUUCAAAAAAGUCUAGGGAAAUUGGAAAAUAUCUUUAAUUGAAUACAAUGAAAAUACAAAUAGCAAAAUUUGUGGCAUACAGCUAGUAAGAUUGAUCUCUAGUUCGGCAGAGUUGGAAAGAAUCAGACACGACUGAGCUACUGUGCAUUCUAGCACGCAUGCACUAGCUAGAAUGAUAAGGGAAAAGACACAUAAAUUAGGAGUGUUAGUAAGGAAAGACACCACUACAGAUCCCAUAGAGACAUUAAAACUGAAAUAUUUAUUGGCAGAUUUAUGCUGAUAAACUUUUAUGAAAUUGACUAUAUCCUUAAGAGAUAAACUGCCAAAGCUCACUCAAGGUGCAAAGAAUCACAUGGACAGAGGAGCCUGGCAGGCUACAUGGAUCUCAAAGGGUUGGACAUGGCACAUAAGCAUACCUUUCCUCCUUGGAUUGGAGAGCAUGACCUAGAAGAGUAUUAUUGCUUAAAAUAUCCUGAAAGGGGGACCUCCCUGGCAGUUCAGGGAUUAAGACUCUACUUCCACUGCAGGGGACUUGAGUCUGAUCCUUUGUUGGGAAACUGAUCCCAUGUGCCACUUGCCACUUGGAGGAAAAAAAAAAAAUACAAAGUAAAAAACAAACCAGCAAUAAAACAGUUAUUUAUUAAAUUA